CGGCUCCCUCCCUCCGGCUGGGGGCGGCCGGGUCGGCCCUCGCCGGGAUCCCAUUCCUCCUCCAUCGGUGGUGCAUGGUCGCGGCGAGAGCGGAGGAGGACGAGCCCGGCGGGGCGCGGGCCGGAGGCGGCGGCUAGAGCGGAGCGCCAGCGCGGAGGAGCCUCCUGUGCCCGGCAGAGGUAUUGCCAGGCAUCUGAAGUGGUUGACUAAGACCUAAGUAUUUGGGACAGUGGUUGAUGAUACCGAGGAUAUUACAGCUCCUACCCUGCAAACCCUUAUUCACAUGUAAGAAAAUUCCUUUUGAGGGUGACAAUCUGCUGUGAGCACACAGAGAUAUUCUAAAGUGUCUGUGGGAAAGGCACCAGGGCUGAUACUGAGCUGGGUGUGUGAUGUCGAACAGUGGGCAGUCCUUGUAGCCACCCCCACCAGCCAGCAGUGUCAUGUGCCAGUAUGAAUAUUAAGAAAGAAAAGCAUACUUCAUAGCUCAUCAUCCCCAAAAGAAAAAAGGAGGAACUAAACAGAGAGAACAAAUGAUUGCACUGCUUUCAAAACUUGGGGCUGUUCACUUUUUCUCCUGAGAAGCUUCAUCUCAGCCUUUGUGAGAGAGUUGAGUAAAUAGAGCAGCCACAGUGAUUUUCUUAGGGUCCUUUUUUCCUUUUUUAAUUUAAUUUUUUCUCUCUUGUGCCUGGAUUUUAAGAGUACUGCACUGAUCACAAGCCCUGGACAUCAAUAUGUGUCAUGUCAUUGUAACGUGUCGGUCGAUGCUGUGGACUCUCCUGAGUAUCGUGGUGGCUUUCGCAGAGCUCGUUGCCUUCAUGAGUGCAGACUGGCUGAUUGGCAAAGCAAAGCCUUCAAGCUCCGAGGAUGUGGACAACAGAACGGGGGGGUCGCAGGAGCCCUACCACCCAACACUGGGCAUCUACGGGCGCUGCACCAGGAUCUCCCACAUGCAGUUCUCUAGACGAGACACACUUUGUGGUCCUUACGCUGAAAACUUCAGUGAGAUUGCCAGUGGGUUCUGGCAGGCAACUGCAAUUUUCCUAGCCAUGGGAAUCAUGAUUCUCUGCACCGUGGCAUUUGUGUCUGUCUUUACUAUGUGUGUGCAGAGUAUUAUGAAGAAAAGCAUUUUUAAUGUCUGUGGGCUACUACAAGGGAUUGCAGGGCUCUUCCUUAUCUUAGGCUUGAUACUUUACCCUGCAGGUUGGGGAUGCCAGAAGGCAAUAAGCUAUUGUGGACCUUAUGCUUCUGCUUACAAACUAGGAGACUGCUCCUUGGGCUGGGCUUUCUACACAGCUAUCGGCGGCACUGUUCUGACAUUCAUCUGUGCAGUCUUCUCGGCGCAAGCUGAAAUAGCCACAUCCAGUGACAAAGUGCAAGAAGAAAUAGAAGAAGGAAAAAACCUUAUCUGCCUCCUUUAACUCCAGUGGGGAAAAAUACCAGCACCUGGAUCUUUAUCUGCUUUCCAUUGACUGGACAAGCAGAUCCAUUUACAUGUUUUUACCAUUUGUGUGAUUGAGCCCCAUGCAUUCCAGCCCUGAACUACUGAAAGGGUCUUUCUUACUUGCUGGGCAAUGAGGAUCAGAGAAAGGAUCCCAAGAAAGCAGAAUGUAAAUACUUGGGGAUAUUUUAGUUUCAUUCUGUGAUCAGGACACAGUGGAAUAUAUUAAUCCAGCUGGGGAUGUGAGUAAUCACGUGUAUAUAGCAGGAAUGUUGUUGUUGAAACUGACAAAUUCUGAUUGAUUGGAUUGCCUAACCCACCUUGGUCACUUUGAAGAAUUGGGUUUAAAAUAAUAAAAGCCAGCACAUUUUUUUUCUUUUCUUAAGCAAAAGAGAAGCCUAUUUUAAUGAGGCUUUGUUUCCAAGGGCUCCCCUCACUGGUGAAUAUUUCUUCACCAUCAUCACCUGGUUUGGUACCAUUUUCAUGGAGGUGCUUUUUGGUACUGAACUUCCUAGAAGUAUAGUGCCUUCUUGGAUAUUAACUGUAUGUUGGAGAGAGCAAAGCUGACGUUUACACCAAUCUUUCGGCAUUUAGAAAGUUAAGUUUCUGCCAGGUUUCUCUCUCUUGAAACUUACGAGCACAAGGUGUGUGCCACUUGUUAGUUACUUAGCAGGUAAAUAUUUUUUCCACUGACUAGUCAGAGAAGCUGUUGUUAGACUGGCUCUCACCUGAUUCAGAUAAAA